AUGUCCUUCAUCUCUGCCGGUGCCGACGUCAUCUUCUACCAUGGAAUGACCCUGCAGCGCUUUGCGGAAUGGGACUCUGGAAACCGCUCUAGCUAUGCCACAUGCGCGGAGAACCCAAGACCAUCUUUCGGCUUUGCGCGAAAUCUUGGAAUUUGGGCCACUUUUCUUCUCGAAAACGUUAAGUGCAAUGUUGAAGGCUAG